GUUUCCUCACUUCGUCUGUCCACCCAUAACAUUCACGGUCACGCUGCUCCUCUGCAUGAAAAGCUAAAACAAGUGGACUGAAAAUACAACUAGAGCUUUUCACAAGAGAGCAUACAUCUGGUUCGAUCCCCUCUUCUUCUCUCCUCCCACGACGAGGCACACUGUGUCGAGUACUGGCAAUGGAAGACACUGUGUCAACAGCUACAGAGAGAACAACAGGAAAGAAUGGGGGUGAGGGGGCGGACCAAAGGGUGCUGAUGUCCAGCAAGCCUCUGCAUCGCUUCAUCCAACAGGAGCCCAAAAGUCUUGGGAUUGUCAUUGUGAUCUUUGGCUGUGCAGAGCUGCUGAUGGGGUUUAAUCUGGCCACUGAAAGCACGGUCACUUCUUACAACAUCUACAUUCCCUUCUGGCAGGGACUCCUGUUUCUUGUCUGUGGAAACCUGUCCAUCUACACUGAGGCACAUCCAUCCAAGAGGAUGGUGACUGUGUGCUUGGCCAUGUAUCUGAUUUCCCUCUUUGGAAUCAUAGUCUCUGCUGGCUACAGGAUACACUGCUUCUUACAUUAUAGCUGGCUUCGGCACAGAAUGUAUUGGGCGCACGAGUGGAUGACAGAUGAUUGGUCGUUACGCAGAGGGGACCAGCUUACUGGUGUUGAGGGCCUACUGUUCACUUCCUCUCUGUGUGUGUUCGUGCUUCUCAUCUUCUUGUGUGUCAUCGCACGCUUAGCUCUGAAGUCCACACGCACUCAGGUUAUCGUCCAGUUCGUCCCGCCACCGCUGAGUGACACACCGUCAAACUGAAAUCAACCUUUUGAAGUCUACAGCAACUAACACUGGUUCUCCUGCACCACACCCACCCCGUCGAAGAAAUCUGUCAUAAUACUGUGCACUGUAUUACAUGUGCUGAGGCAGCAGCCCUGUAGCCCUGCCACAGCUUUUUCUAGCUACCUUCAUCUACGGUGCGUGUAACUGCGGUAAGAAAUGCUAUACUGAACCACAUUUAUUAUACAUGCACUUAUAAGGGAACAUCAUAACCACUAAUCUCUCUCUGGAGCCUGAUAUGUGCUUACUGUUUGGCCAGUCAGCGCUUAGCGAUGUUAAAUUACUUUGAAUUCUAGCUUCAAGGCGAGCAGGUCUUACAUACUGAUACUGAUACCAAUCAAUCAAUCAACUGAUUAACUCCAUGGUCAUGUUAUUUCACCUAAUCUUGAUAGUCUGUUGGAAAAAAAUAGUUUACCAUUAGCUGACAUUAGUUGGUAAAGUCAGACAGAAGCCCAUGUUUCAUAUUUACAUUCAAAUAAGUCAGAAGUACAUUUUCCUUCUGCUCCACAGUGUUUAAAAGUGUUCUGCCCGUCAAUUUAGAUUUUGGUUAUAUAAUGUGGUCACUGACUUUUCAGCCCUCAUGCCAUCGACAUGUCUGAUCAUCAUCUACGCUGUCUGCAUUGUUGUUACAUUUUGUGCAGCACACAGGCAUACUUGCAGCUUUUGAUAAUCAUUUUGAACCUCUGUGUACAUUUCGCUAAAGAUGUUUUGCAGUGUGACUUUGGAUGAAUGAAUGUUUUGUUUACAGGGCAGCACAUGCGCAUGUGAUGGCAACUUCAGAUACCUUUUUUUAAUGAAAUGACGAGCCUGUUUGGAAACCUGUUUUUUUGCCUGUCAAUGUGUGAAAAACACCGAUUUGGUCCCUGGGCAGGGAGCACUUUUCAAGGGUUUAGCUUUAGUUUUUAGCUAUAUCUGGUGCAAUAAAUGUACUGUGUAUUGUCUUUGUUAAAAAAUAAAAAUAACCCUCACAGACAUAUGGUGCACCGUGGAAUGAGUUGCAACAAUUGCACCAGUACGAACACCUUGUUAGAUGGCCAGCAAAGAAUUCAUCACACACACGCCCUGUCCUGUCAGUGUGUGAAAUUAGUUUAUUUUAGGUUUGUCAGGAGCAAAAUACUUAAAGGCACAAC